GUCGAGACGGCCAUCAAGGCAGACCAAAAAUCUUUCAUCGCACAGACGGGAAAGAAGCCUGAGGAUGUAAAAGUCCCUGGCACCGGCGUCGAUGCCGACGUAGUCAUGAGCCCGGCUGCAGGUAUGUGUCGGAUGACAUGAGCGUCUCAAUCACGUCCAUUUGAUCAGUCAUUGUUAAAAAAUUCCAUCUCAGGCAUUCUGAAACAAGCCACCAUCAUGGACGAGGGAACUCGUCCUAUCUAUUUGGACAUGCAAGCCACUACACCCUUGGAUCCGCGGGUACUGGACGCCAUGUUGCCCUUUAUGACUGGCCUCUAUGGUAACCCCCAUUCGCGGACACAUGCCUACGGUUGGGAAACCGAAAAGGCUGUCGAGCAGGCUCGAGAGCAUGUUGCCAACCUGAUUGGAGCCGAUUCCAAGGAGAUCAUCUUCACCAGCGGUGCGACCGAAAGUAAUAACAUGAGUAUCAAAGGUGUGGCUCGAUUCUUCGGACGCUCAGGCAAGAAGAAGCACAUCAUCACCUGCCAGACUGAGCACAAGUGUGUGCUUGACAGCUGUCGGCAUCUGCAGGAUGAGGGCUUCGAUGUGACUUAUCUGCCAGUCCAGCCGAAUGGCCUCAUUAAGAUGGAGGAUCUCGAGGCAGCUAUUCGUCCGGAUACUGCCCUGGUGAGUAUCAUGACUGUCAACAAUGAAAUCGGUGUGGUCCAACCCGUCGAAGAGAUUGGCAAACUCUGCCGCUCAAAGAAGGUGUUCUUCCACACCGACGGUGCUCAGGCAGUCGGCAAGAUUCCUGUCGAUGUUAACAAGUGGAAUGUUGACCUCAUGUCCAUUUCUGGUCAUAAGAUUUAUGGUCCUAAGGGCAUUGGCGCCUGCUACGUGAGAAGACGGCCGCGUGUCCGCCUUGAUCCCAUCAUCACCGGCGGAGGUCAAGAGCGUGGUCUUCGUAGUGGAACCAUUUCCCCGCCACUUGUUGUUGGCAUGGGCGAGGCUUGCCGACUCGCCAAAGAAGAUUUGGAGUAUGAUCACAAGCGGAUUUCUGCUCUGGCGCAGCGCCUUUUAAAUGGUCUGCUUGCCAUGGAGCACACUUCUCAAAACGGUGACCCUGAGCACCACUUUCCUGGGUGUGUCAACGUCUCGUUUGCAUAUGUUGAAGGCGAAUCGCUUUUGAUGGCUCUUAAAGACAUUGCGCUUUCCUCUGGCAGUGCAUGCACAUCAGCCUCGUUGGAGCCUAGCUAUGUCUUGCGAGCACUCGGAACUAGCGACGAGAGUGCUCACAGCAGCAUUCGGUUCGGUAUUGGUCGAUUUACGACCGAGGGCGAAGUUGACUAUGUUCUCAACGCCGUCAAGGAACGUGUGACCUUUUUGCGCGAGCUCAGUCCGCUCUGGGAGCUCGUCCAGGAGGGCAUCGCUUUAGACAGUAUCGAAUGGAGCCAGCAUUGAGUAGCCCGUAAUUGGAAAUUCGUUAGGCGAUGGGCGGCGUGGCGUAGGCGUUUCAACCCCUGGACUGGACUCUUUUUGGCGUUUUCUAUAUGGAUGAAGCACAUUUCUCGUUCUCUAUUCCAUCUGAACCAGUCGCUGGGCGAUGAUUCAUGAAUUGAAUCGCUAAUUGUGAAAGUUGAUGAUAUCAUGAAUUCGAAAUAAUUUUUCACAUCUUGACAAUAUUCAAAAGUAAUGAAAUGGAAUGUGCAUGUAGAAUUAAUUGUCGCUUUGGCACAAAGUGAAACCAAUAGAGGUUGUUCGGCGAGUAGCUUGUUAGCUUAGAAUGACAUCUUGCC